CAAGGGUCAUUGCAUUCGGUAGGCUUUCAAUUUACCUGUUAAGCUGAAAGCUCCUCCCCCAUUAAAUUUAUCCAACUGUUCUGCUGCUAAUUCCUUUUGCCAACCUCUUCUGUUUGACCUUCCUUAGCUGAAAGCUUUCCGACCAAUAUGGCAACUUCUUCUACUGAUACUGAAGACUAUGACCAAUCCAAAUACUGGGUAGCUCCGGCUAGAAAUUUCAGAUCUUCUGCACGCCUGCAUCUCCAGCAUUUCCUUAUCCAGAACACGCUCGGCUACCUUCUAGAACCGGCCGUCGAAAAGGCCGUCGCCGGGUCAUCACAACUCAAGGUUGCGGACCUUGCUUGCGGCAAUGGCAUAUGGUUAACUGAACUACACUCUAACCUUGCUAAGAACGGCAUAGCUGCCCAGCUAGAUGGGUUUGAUAUCAAUCCCAUCAACUUCCCGGACCCGGCUUAUCUCCCGGCUUCUGUAUCUCUCAAGGAGCUCGAUAUCCUUGCGAAACCGCUCCCCGCUGAGUUGAUUGGCGUAUACGACAUUGUCCACAUCAGAGCCUUUGUUAGCGUUAUACCCAACGCGGAUCUCACACCCGUCCUCUCCGUCGCAUCUGAGCUUCUGAAGCCUGGUGGAUAUCUACAGUGGGAGGAAUCCCGGGGUGACAGAUUCAUCGUGGAGUCGCCUUCACCUCAGAUAUCCAAAGCCGCCUGUGAUACCAUCGUGCAGGUGCUCAAGGGUGGUCUACAAGCGAGAGGUAUCCGAAAUGAUUGGGUUGAUGUUUUAGACACCCAUCUUGAGAAGUACGGCCUCCAGAACGUUCAUAUGAACGUACAUGAGAAGAGAAAGCAGGACUUUAAGGGCUGGACUGAAGACUACUUGAUGGUCUGGGAGGAGCUUGCAGUAUUCUUUCCACCCAAGUCAAAGGAACCAAAUGCACCAUUGUCCCGUGAGGCCUGGUUUGAUUUGUUUGCAAAUGGCGUCAAGGAGACGGAGCAAGGCGUUGUGAUCCAUCAAGGAAAAGUCAUAACUGCUGUUGGCCAGAAGGCACUAUGAUGUGAUACUGUUCUAUUAGGGGCAAAGAUUUGCUGGUAUUUGUUCUUCGGCGCUCUUUAUUGCCAGGCAAGCAAUGUUAAAUUUACAUAGGUUUUAAGGACAAAUGGAUGUAGAACGUGUUUCAAUACACUACGUGCUUUCUAAUCAUGCGAUGUUUAGCGUUCAGCAAUCUGGAUAUUCUAUAGAUAACCAGCUUUGGAAAUUCUAGCACUACCUAGGUAAUUACCAGAAGCUUACUCGUCACAUUACAGGUACUGUUGUUUGAUCAGUGAGUAGGGGUAAUCAGGUACCCAGGUAACUAAUGGAGUACAUAUGGAAUCGUAAGAGCUUCUAAAUUAAAACAGGUACCUUUUCACACCUACUCCUAUGACAUCUUACGGAGCCUUUGAAUAUCAUGUUGAACCUUGAUUAGUUGAGUGGCGUUUGGUGGUCUCACCGUUUGUCAAUUACUCCUAUAUGAUAGUUGUCAACUCGUUUAUACUUAGUAUCAAUGACGGAUAUAAUAUCAUGGCUUGCAAAUAGAGGUCCUGUUCCCGCGCACUACCUAUUCUACAAACGUCUCAUUCGAAAAAGCAAAUUUAAGCGGAGUUCCAGCCUUUACUUUUUUUUUUUUUUUUCAAUUGUCUAUAUCAUUAUAGAGGUCUCCAG